CCAUGCAGACGAAAGCUGAGUUCCCUACUGGCCAAUGCUGUCUAAUUCUCUUAAAUGAUUCCGAUGUAAAAGAGGAAAUGGCAUCUGUCUAAUUAACACUGCCUGGUUAAAUAUAGCUGCCAAGGAACAGUCUUGGGACAGUGUUUACAGAAUAGUCUUUCCAGCCCCUCAGGCCUCAAGUUACAGCCGAUAGAGCCUUCCAUCCUUAGCUACUAGAAACAGAGAUGCCCCUAGAAGUGGUGUCAGGCCAGGACAGGCAAAGGGAGAUGAGAGGAGGGGGAAAGGCUGUGACUAGCCUUCAUUUCCUUCUCCUGGCAUCUGGAGAUUCGGAGAAUGAUCCUGGAACCCAGAUCCUAGAGACUGCAGCAACUCUUCCCGCAAACAUAAGCCCUUGCUGUGCACCGAAGUCUUGCUCUCUGGCCUGGAGACGUUCAACCAACCACUCCAUGAACUGCUGACUGCCAGGUGCAACAUCAGCUCUGCUGCCCUCCUCCUGGUCGAGAGGAACAAUGACCACGUUAUUUCUCUUUCAGCUUCUCAUCACAACAUGGAAGCUGUUGCCAAGUUUGAUUUCACUGCCUCAGGUGAGGAUGAACUGAGCUUUCACACUGGAGACAUUCUGAAGAUUUUAAGUAACCAAGAGGAGUGGUUGAAGGCAGAGCUUGGGAGCCAAGAAGGAUAUGUACCCAAGAAUUUCAUAGACGUCCAGUUUCCUGAAUGGUUCCAUGAAGGCCUCUCGAGACACCAGGCAGAGAACUUACUCAUGGGCAAAGAGGUUGGUUUCUUCAUCAUCCGGGCCAGCCAGAGCUCCCCAGGGGACUUCUCCAUCUCUGUCAGGCAUGAGGAUGACGUUCAGCACUUCAAGGUCAUGCGAGACAACAAGGGUCAUUACUUCCUGUGGACUGAGAAGUUUCCAUCCCUAAAUAAGCUGGUGGACUACUACAGGACGACUUCCAUCUCCAAACAGAAGCAGAUCUUCCUUAGGGACAGAACCCGAGAAGAUCAGGGUCGCCAGGGCAACAGCCUGGACCGGAGGUCCCAAGGAGGCCCACAACUCGGUGGGGCUGUGGGAGAAGAAAUUCGGCCUCCCAUGAACCGGAAGCUGUCAGAUCACCCGCCCGCCCCCGCCUCACAGUACCACCAGCACCAGCAGCCGCCUCCGCAGUACGCCCCAGCGCAGCAGCGCUAUCUGCCGCAUCCCCAUUUUCACCAGGAACGCCGAGGAGGCAGCCUUGACAUAAACGAUGGGCACUGUGGUACAGGCCUGGGCAACGAGAUGAACGCGGCCCUCAUGCAUCGGAGACACACAGACCCAGUGCAGCUCCAAGUGGCAGGGCGAGUGCGGUGGGCCCGGGCAUUGUACGACUUUGAGGCCCUGGAGGACGAUGAGCUGGGAUUCUGCAGUGGAGAGGUGGUGGAGGUCCUGGAUAGCUCCAACCCAUCCUGGUGGACCGGCCGCCUGCACAACAAACUGGGCCUCUUCCCUGCCAACUACGUGGCACCCAUGACCCGAUGAACCUCUUGGAGGCAAGAGGGCUUUUUGUCUGAAGCUGUCCAAAAGAGAAGGGCAAGAAAAAAGGCUGAACUGCGUAUACAUACAUUUGUCUAUGUAUGCCUGUGUAUACACAUGAUAUUUUAUAAUAGUAAUUUAUUGGCAAUGGGGUUGGUUAAUCAGUUGAUAUGAAAGGAACACAGGUAGAGGAUGAUAUUCAUAGUUAUUUUUCUACUCCUCUCAGAGAUGUGUGGAAGGCAGAGGGGGAACUGGGAAGGGGAACAGGGAAAUGAAAUGGAACUUUGUCC